ACAAAACCCUAAUCUGAACUCGGAUCGGACCCAUCCGUUCAGCUUGGGCUUUGGAAGUACGCAAUCAAAUUCCUCCAACUCCACGGUCCCACUCCCGUCAACAUAAGAAGGAAUUUUCCUUUCCUUUUUAGGGAUUCGAUAGAUAGCAUCCAAACGGAGGAACAGUGUCGAGGUUGCAAGCUUCGGGUGAAAUCCGUCGGGAGCUAUGCCGGACGUGAAUGCUCUCGUAAAUGAUUUCGUAAUCAAGCUCCGAAAACGAAAAAUUGAGGGUUCAAAGGCUACCGCCAAGCAGACGGCGGAGCUGCUCCGUUCGGUGAUUUCGCAGCAGCGAAUUCCGCACUCUAACCAGGCUCAGUCUGGGGCUCUGAUUGAUGCUGUAAAGGCUGUCGGACAGCAGCUCGUCGAGGCAAAUCCCGUGGAGCUCGCUGUUGGUAAUAUCGUGAGGCGCAUUUUACACAUCAUCAGAGAAGAGGAUCUUUCUCUCACUACGGCUGCCAUUGGUGGGUUGAGUUUGCCUGCUGCAAGUGAUGAUGAUGAUGAUGUUGAUCGAGAUGAUCAUCCAGUUUUGUCGGCUGCAGCUGUUGCUGCUGCUGCUAGAAGCACUCUAAGGCCACCAUCCUUGCAGACACUUCUUGAAGACGUCCCUCAUUCAGCAGCUAUUCCUCAUACUUCUUCUGGGGGUGAUUCUGAAGGAAAAAGCAAAUCUGCUGAUAAAAGUUCGAGGAGCCGAAAGCUAAAGCAUAAUGUUAUUGAGGCAGUUAAUGAGCUUAUUCAAGAUAUUGGCACUUGCCAUGAGCAGAUUGCUGAGCAAGCUGUGGAGCAUAUACAUCACAACGAAGUAAUUUUGACAUUAGGCAAUUCAACAACAGUAAGCGAGUUUCUUUGUGCUGCAAAUGAGAAAAAAAGGUCAUUUCGGGUAUUUGUUGCUGAAGGUGCUCCAAGAUAUCAGGGCCAUGUUCUUGCAAAAGAAUUGGCUUCAAGAGGAUUGCAGACUACAGUAAUUAUGGACUCUGCUGUUUUUGCCUUGAUUUCCCGAGUAAACAUGGUUAUUGUUGGAGCUCAUGCUGUCAUGGCCAAUGGUGGGGUUGUAGCACCUGUUGGGUUAAAUAUGGUUGCAUUGGCAGCCAAAAGGCAUGCCGUCCCUUUUGUCGUGCUUGCUGGCAUUCACAAGUUGUGCCCCUUGUAUCCUCACAACCCAGAGGUCUUACUCAAUGAGCUAAAGUCACCUUCUGAUCUUCUGGACUUCGGAGAGUUCUCAGAUUGCAUGGAUUUUGGAAGUUCUACUGGUUCCCCUCUUCUUCAUGUCAUCAAUCCUGCAUUUGAUUAUGUACCGCCAAAGCUUGUUAGUUUAUUCAUUACAGACACAGGUGGGCAUAAUCCAUCAUACAUUUAUCGUCUCAUUGCGGAUUAUUAUUCUGCCGAUGAUUUGGUAUUGCAACGGAGACUUGAUUCUUGAAAUUGACUUAAGACUUUGGACCAUAUACUUGGUAGGCCGCGAAUCUGCUGCAUAAUAAACAGGGGGUGUACUCGUGCUGUUUGAACGAGUUGGGUCUCGAGGAAAAUGCAUUUAUGAGGUAAUUAAGCACGUGGAGAAGAAAAAGAUAGAGAAGGGGGAAUGGCGGAGUUUUUAAUCUCUCUUUUCAUUCAUUUUUGUUUGAAUGAGAUGCGAAAGGUGUAACGAGAGGGAAUAGCGUAUCAUCUGGUCCAAAUUAGAUAUUACCCUAGCAAAGUCAAAUUAGUGAGUGAAAACAGGAAGUGGUUGUUUCUUUUUUUAUAUUUUAUUCCCUGGCAACUUAGUUUUGAGAAUUUUUUGUGGAUUUGUGGUGUCUCACUUCAAAUAUGGCUCUUGCUGGGUAUAUUUUGUGGAUGCGCAUGGGGAAAGGCCUUGAAACAGCUGUGAACUGAAUCUAUUUCAGGUCAUGAUUUUAUUCUUA